AUGACCAUUGAGAAUCAACAGCAAAAUUCGACUCCAUCCGGCUUGCAGCCAUUUGAUUUCUACAAUGAUGAAAGUCAGUUAUCAUCACGCUCAGUGCCUGGUUCAAGACGCAAUUCUAAUGAUAAAAAAAGCUUAUUCACUCCUAACCAUUUGAACGAUGCGCCUAUUGAUUUCCUGAUGAAACCGCCGCCUAGAUCAUUUAGCAUUGAUGUAGGCUCGAUACACCAUGCUAAUGACUACUCGUCCGUUUUGUUCUUGGAUGAGAGUGACUCAACUGCAGCGACUUCUUUCCAACCUAAUCUCUAUUUGCAACCACGCUAUAACAACAACAAUGGUAGUAGCAGUAGUAGCAACAAUACAAACACUUUUACCACUUCUGCUGGAACUACAAAUUAUGGACUGUUCAAUUCCUCUGUUGGUGAUUUGGACCUGGAUUCCAGUCUGCGCAAAAGCUCUACUCGCAGUGUUGAAUCCCUGAGAAGCAAGAGCUGGGCACAAUUCUUGGAAAACAACAACCACAGUAGCAGUAAUGCUCAAUACUAUUAUAAUCAGCAACAGCAGGAGAAAGGAGGACCUUUGGAUAUAAACACUCAAGGUGUGCAAGCUGCAUUCUAUGGUCAGCCUGCACGCAGAUUUUCUCAUGGCUGGGCGCCUUCAUCCAAUGGCGAUCAGAUGCAGGAUAAAAGAUACAAUCACUUUUCUGUCAAUAACAUGAAAGCAAGUAGAUUGGCAACCUCCUAUUCCUACUCUGACCUUCAUGUGGCUGCAUUAGGGCCACAGAGAACCAAUCAGUACAGCAUCACUCAUACUAGCAUUGCUCCCAAUGCAUUACCUAAGGAAAUCUGUCAGCGUUUCGCUCAAUACGGGUAUUGCAAUCUCAAGGAGCAGUGCCCAUGCUCUCAUAUUCCAAAUGCGCUUCUGCAGCAACACAACGGCUUACUGAGAAAUGAUCACGCUGCGGCUACGGCAGCCAUGAUGGCCUAUUCCAAUAGUGCUACAACCACUACUAACUCAAUGGCUACCACAUCACCUACAACAACCUCUUCUCACUUCUUUGCGAAUCAGCAACAGCCCCCGCUCAGAUACUCCAUCUCUGAAUCUACAAUGAACAUGGACUCAUUCUACAGCGCCAACUCGAGCUUGCCUCUGUUCAAUGCCAGAUCAUCGCCUCACGUAAUGGAGAACACGCACCAUCAUCAUCAGCACCAGCAACACCCACACCAACAAAGACGAACAUCUGGCAGUACCAACACAGAUCCAGAAGUGAACAGAUACACGGGUGCAUCUUUGGAUGAGUUUCAAGGCAAGCUAUAUGAGCUCUGCAAAGAUCAAAACGGGUGUCGAUUCUUGCAAACCAAGCUGGAGGAGUCACCGCUCAAUGUUGCAGUUAUUUACAACGAGAUUCAUGCGCAUUUCGUCGACUUGAUGACAGAUCCAUUUGGUAACUAUUUGUGCCAGAAGCUCUUGGAGCGGUGUGAUGAUACGCAAAGAACCAGCAUUGUUGAAGUGAUUGCACCUGGAUUUCUAAAGAUCUGUUUGAGCAUGCAUGGCACGCGAGCUGUACAGAAACUGAUUGAAUUUCUAUCCACCAAGAGACAGAUACAAGCAGUAAUUGCAGCGCUUAAACCCAACGUUGUAGCACUCAUCAAAGAUCUGAACGGAAACCAUGUAAUUCAAAAGUGUCUACAUAAACUUAGUCCUGAACACAAUCAGUUUAUAUACGACACAGUCAGUGAGCACUGUAUACAAGUUGCCUCGCAUAAGCAUGGUUGCUGCGUGUAUCAAAGGUGUAUUGAUUAUGCCACCGAAUCGCAAAAGGUUCAACUAGUAAAUGUGAUCACUCAACAUGCUUUGCCUCUGGUGCAAGACCCCUUUGGAAACUAUGUCGUGCAAUACGUGCUGGGGUUGGACGACGCUGCUUAUUAUGAUGGCUUGAUUCGCAGGUUUAUUGAACCGAUUCGUGAGUUGUCUGUGCAAAAGUUCAGCUCCAAUGUGAUUGAAAAGUGCAUUCGAGUCGCGGGUAAAGAGACCAGAAGACUGCUGAUUGCUGGUAUCAUCGAUCAUCCCAACAUGGAGAGGUUUUUGCGCGAUUCUUUUGCAAAUUAUGUGAUACAAACUUGCUUAGACUGCGCUGAUGAGGACCAGCGCAUCAAAUUUGUAGAAUGCAUUCGACCCUUAUUGCCUUCGAUCCGCAAUACACCUUACGGUAAACGCAUCUAUAGUAAGAUUCAUAGAGACAUCAAUGCACGUUCAGCAUCUUCAUCUUCCUCCACUCGGCACCUUCAGCACCAGAAAUCCGCCAUGAUGGAUAAUACCACCAGCCUCAUGAUAGGAAUGCACGCUUUGCAUUUAAAUUCCAUUUCUGCGCCGACCUCAUCAUCUACCACAACCACAACCAACACUGUACAUCAACAACAUCCGAUGGCAGCCAAGCAUGGCAAUAGUGACACUGCUCCUAAUAUUACAAAUGCUACAGCUAUUGCCUACAUGUGA